GUUUUCUCAUGGAGUUUUUAAAAGAAGUGGCAGAGUAUCAUCAGUCCAGAGCGAGCUGUGAUGUGGGAACUCAGACAAGUUCCACAUUGCCUGGCCAAGACUCACUUGUGGAGAAGCUUCAGCUUAUUGAUGAUCAGUUUGCAGAUGCUUACCCUCAGCGUCCAAAGUUAGAAUCCUUAGAAGUAAAGUUAAAUGAAUAUAAAAGAGAAAUAGAACAGCAGCUUCGGGCAGAAAUGUGUCAAAAGUUAAAGUAUUUUAAAGAUACUGAAGUAGCAAAAGUUAAGAUGGAAGAGAAAAGAAAGUCUGAGAGGGAAUUGGCUGAGUUCCGGAACGAAUUGGAGAGAGCUUGUCGAGCAAAAUCUGACGCCCUUAUUUCUCGGGAGAAGUUGGCUUUUGAGAGAAUUCAGAAGCACCAAGAGAUUGAAACCAAGGAGAUUUAUGCUCAGAGACAACUUCUCCUCAAAGAUAUAGACAUGCUAAGAGGCAGAGAAGCAGAGCUGAAACAAAGAAUGGAAGCUUUUGAAUUGGCUCAGCGGCUACAAGAAGAAAAAAAUAAAAGAGCAAGCGAUGCACUUAGGAAACGGGAGCUGAAUGUCCAGAGUAUUGAGGAGACCUAUGACCAGAAGCUCAAGAAUGAGCUGCUCAAGUAUCAACUUGAACUCCAGGACAACUAUAUCGAUAGAACUCACAGGCUGAUAGAAGAUGAAAGGAAGAAUAAAGAAAAAGCUAUACAUUUGCAAGAGGAGCUCACAGCUAUUAAUGCGAAAAAGGAAGAAUUUGGUCAUUCUGUAAAACGUGUCAAAGAGCUCGAGCUUGAGUUAGAGUCGGUCAGAACCCAGUCUUUGGCGAUAAGCAAGCAAAACCACCUGCUGAGAGAAAAGGUGAAAGAAAUGAGUGACUAUUCGCUACUGAAACAAGGGAAACAGGAGCUUCAGGAGCAAAAUAAAUUACUUAAACAACAGCUGGAAGAGACCAGAAGUGAGAACUUGCGUCUUCUAAACCACCUGGCUCAGCCUUCUCCAGAGCUGGUGGCUUUUCAGAAAGAACUAAAGAAAGCAGAGAACGCUAUCGUGUGUGAGCAUAAGGAGUUCGAGAUCCACAGGCAGAACCUGCAGAAGCAGCUGCAAAGUGAAAUUGAACGUUCUGCACAGCUGAAGGCCCAGAUCCUCGAUUACGAAGAUUCCGUAAAAAGGUUAAGGAGACAGGUGGCCGAUUUGAAAUUGCAACUGACACAAACCCAGACGGCCCUAGAGAACGAGGUGUACCGCAACCCAAAGAAUUCUCUGCUCGAUCAGCCCAUCAGCGGAUUAAUGGGUGGCAACGUGGUGGUACCUCACAAUGGUGACCUGAAUGGGGAUUUCUUGAAAGAUGCUUUCGGACUGGAAAGGCUGAUGGCAGGCAUGCUUCUGUCAAGGAUUGCAAGUGACCCAAGUGCGAGCACCGGGAGUAGUUCCCCCGAUUCUGACCUGGAGUUUGUAGCCAAGACCAAGGCAAGGGUGAAAGAGCUAGAGCAAGAGGCCGAACGUUUGGAGAAAGCUUUCCGAACUUCCCAUCCAAGAGUUCAUCCACGCCCCACGGGAAGGUCUUCAGCCAAGAGCCCGCCACCCCUGCACGCGACAGGAACGCUCAAAAAGGCCACUUCCGGCUUCCCUGGAAGACGUACUUCCGCAGAGGACGCGGCUGUCCCUGAGCCGCCUCUGGCACGCACACCCGAGGAGGACAGGAGCAGCGCUUCGGCUUCUGAGGCGCGGCCGUGCGAGGGCACGCCCUCCAGACGCCUCUCCUCCACUCCCCUGCCCAAGGCCAAAAGGAGCCUCCUUGCUAAAGUGUAUCUGGAAGGUGGGGACAGAUCCGGUGCUGCUGGCUGCAGUCCUGGUCCUGAGACAACGCCCCAGCCAUCACCCUCUGAGUCCGGGCACAGCCCUUCCCUCCACCUGCUGCCCAGCCCUCCGGAGCAGGCCAGUCUUCAUCAAAGACAGACAGAACUUGAAGAACAAGGAGAACUUUCAGAUCCAGACAAGCUACCUUUUAAGGACAAUGAGGAAUUUGGAUCAUCUUUUGAAUAUGCAGGGAGCACGCCGAGGCAGUUUGAGGUGGACGGCCUCCAUCCUGCUGGCGACGUGCCUCAUGUGGGUGCUGCCGCCACCACGGUGUCUGCCGGACCUCUCGCUUGUUGCCACCCCGGUCUAGAUCAGAAACCAAUGGGAGAACAGAAGGAAGAAGAAAAAAUAUGGGAACAGCACAUGACAGAACAAAAGGAAAGAAAAGAAAUAAGGAAGAGUGAACUGCAAGAAGCUUUAGAAAGGGAACGAAGAGAACUAGAGAAGCUGGAUCAAGAGCGGAGGAUUAUUGAAGAAUCAUUGAAGAUUGAAAUGGAAAAAGAAAUGGAAAUGACUGUUGAAGAAACGAAAGACCAGCCUGUCUGUGGUGAAAAUCCUUUAGAGAAGUACAUGAGAAUUCUUCAGCAAAAUCAAGACCAGGAGUCUGCAGAUAAGAGUUCAAAGGUGGUCAGAGAAGGCUCCCAAGUGGAAACACUGCCAUCUAGCAACAAAGACGAAAGUUUCACAGGCUUUUCUCCCGACGGGCCAGAUGACUUCUGGUAACCAUGUUUGC